GAAGAAGAGAGGAGGCAGAAAACCACGUUAGUUAGUGCUCACGAGCCCUACUUGGUCGUUCUUCUCCCCGCAGACAGGCAGCAGGUUCUCAACGCUUUAAUCUCUAAAAUGAACGGGAUCGAGGAGGAAUCAAUGGCACCACAGACCUUCCUUUACGGUUGUGUGCUGGAAGCGGGAAAGGAGGUGGUGUUCAAUCCUGAGGAUGAUGACUUUGAGCACCAGCUAGAUCUAAGGAUGGCCUGUGUGGACCCCACCACGACAGAUGAACUUCACAUGGUGGAGGUGGAAGGACAAGACAUGGAGGGACAGAAAAUCAAGGCAGCGCUGGUUUCGCUGAAGCCUUCUACCCUGCCAAGUGUGUGUCUCGGUGGUUUCACAAUCACACCCCCAGCAACUUUCCGUCUGAAGGCAGGUGCUGGUCCAAUCCAUAUCAGUGGACAACAUCUUGUCAUGAUGGGGUCUGACCAGUCUUUCGAUGAAGAUGACGAUGAUGACGAAGAAGAGGCAGAGGAAGAUGUCAAAACCUCAAAGAAAAGAGCCGCCUCCUCCCCUGCUCUCAAGUCUCAGAAGAAAAUGAAAAUGGAAGUGGAUGACGAUGAUGAUGAUGAGGAUGAUGAAGAGGACGAUGAGAGUGAGGAAGAAGAGUCACCUGUUAAGGCCAAGCCGACGCCCUCCAAACCACAAACCCCUGCUCAGAAUGGCAAGAAUUCAAAACCCAACACACCGGCCAAGAAGCAGGACAAGACCCCCAAAGGUAAAGGUGAGAGGUCUCCUAAAGCCCCAACAACUCCCAAAGGAAUUCCAACAAUUCCUGAGCUCAAAACCAAGAUGAUGGAAGCCACAAAGAAGGGUGUCGUAUUACCCAAAACCCAAGCCAAGUUUGAGAACUUUGUGAAGAAUGGUCUUAAUGUCGGGGACGCAAAGGUUGUUACAGAGCUGUGGAAGUGGAGGCAGACGAUUAAGGAUGCUAAAUAACAAUCUCAGCCGUUUUAUUAUCUCUUUUUAUGUUUAUACCCAUAGCAGCCCUCAACCCUCUGAAGCCAAACUCAGUGCCUCACACUCGUCAUUAAUUCUAAAUCUAGUCCAGCUCCAAUAAAGAGACUAGUGAAGUGGAUGCAGACAGUGUGGUGUUGCAUCGUCUCUCCUCGUCGCCCUCUCAUUGGGGAAGGGGAGUUAUUUGGUUUUAUUGAAUAAACCCUGGGAGAACUAGCCUACAGAUUUGCAUCUUUGUAAAUAAAAUCCUCGCUAGAUUGUUGGCACCGUUUUCAUGUUUUGUUUUUUAAUACAUAGUCAAGAUUAAUUUGGCCUCAUGCUGGAAUAAUAAAAACUAAAUAAAUUCAAGACAAGCAGCUCAAGAAACAUUAAACUAUUCAACAUUUAAUAACAGUUUGGCUAAUGUUGACCACGGUCACAUGUGUCAGUUCUGGUAAAGCAGAAUUUUCUGGGCUGACAUCAGCAGUGAGGAUCCUAAUAUUGAUAGUGAUUGAAGCAAUAUUGUUUUCCUGGUAUUGUCCAUGAACGUGAAAAGAAACUGCACUUUUUCAAAUGUUUUAAAUGUUUAUGCUAUUGUGAGAUUCCAACGAUCAAGAUCCCAUGACGACAAACUGUCUGCUUAACGUUAUAUCAGAAUUCAAGAUUUAGUUGUAAUUUUUCAUGUGUUUAACCGUCCAAAAAGAAUCAACCGUUUGUUAUAAAGCAGCCAGCCGUGCUAACCUUUGAGUGUCACAGAAGCAUCCUACACAUCCCAGCCCUGAGUGGAGAUCAGUCGGGUUCGGUUCCAUGUAUUGCUGUGACUAUUAGCCAACAGGCCGAAGGUUGAGCGCUUGCUCAGUGACUGAAUGCAUGAAGGAAUUUGCAAAUUAUUAUAUUUUUUAAAUAGUGUUGCUUAUAACUUUCCAACAAAAUUGCAGAUGUACAGUUCUAAGAGAUUCCCACCUGUACUCGAGUGUAAUGCGUUUGUACGUUCUGUACUAGUGUGACCAGUUAAAGCAAUAUAAAAAAUGUAAACGUUGAUGCAUGAGGCCUGUAUAAGUAGAUCAUUCCAUGUUCUCAAACAAGUGUAAGUUUGUAGAACUUUAAAUAUGCUGUGGGUUUGGAUGGACUAUACUAAGAUUGAUUCAUUAAAAAUAAUACUGUGCAAGUGUUGCCAUUUUUUUGCAAGAAGAAUCAGAUUUUACCCAUUUGAAGAGGAAUACAAGUAUUUGAUUUCUUUUUUUCUGUCCAAGAAUGUAUCCUAAUAAAGUUUUAAGCACAUACAA